UCUUAAUUGGCUGGGUUUCCCGGCAAGCGCAGCUGAUACACACAGCCGGCUGGUUUUAUCAGAGAACAAGUCGGGGCCACAGUGGGAAGGAGAGAGAGGCAGAGAUACAGAGACAAGAUUCAGUAUGUGUGUGUGUGUGUGUGUGUGUGAGUGUGUGUGUGAGUGUAUCUAGCAGCCAGUAAUUACCAUCCAGCGCCUGAACCAAUCAAGAGCCGUAGAGAAAGAUACAGAGGGAGGAAGCCCCUUUCGAUUCUCAGUCUAUUCCCAGGCAAAGAAGUAGUCAGUGUGUUCACUGAAUCUGAGUCAGACAGAAGGUACGCAAGUGUUUUCUUUGGAGCGGCACAGCUCAUCUCUUCUCAUAUUUGCCGAGUCGUGCUGGGUGAAAACAGAUGGACAAGAUGAACCACAGCUCAGCUGAGGCAGAGGCUGAGACCAUAGAACCACUGCGCUAUCUCAGUAAAGGGGAGGCAGCAGCUAUAGAGACAGAACUAGUGAGGGACUACAGGUUUGGACAACAGCAGCUGAUAGAGAUCUGGGGACAAGCGUGCGCCCUCGCCAUCACUAAGGCCUACCCUCUUGGCUCUUUAACAAAGAAGCAGCCAACAGUACUGGUGAUCUGUGGUCCAGAUCAAAAUGGUUCUAUUGGCCUGGUGUGUGCCCGACACCUGCGCAUGUUUGAGUAUGAGCCCACCAUCUAUCACCCUAAACGCUCCUCUCACAGUCUACAUCAGGAUUUCACAGUUCAAUGUGAGAAGAUGGACAUCCCUUUCCUCUCCUAUCUCCCUACAGAGGUGCAGCUUAUAAACGAUGCCUACAACCUAGUGAUUGAUGCCAUGCUGGGCCCAGAAGCAGACUGUGCCAACAUAAAGGAGCCAUACUCUGGUAUUCUGGUCACCCUGAAGCAAAUCAAGAUUCCCAUUGCUAGUGUGGAUGUGCCCUCAGGUUGGGAUGUAGAAGAGCGAAGUCAGGAUGGGAUAAACCCAGAAGUUCUCAUCUCACUUACAGCACCAAAGAAGUGUGCCACGAGUUUCACGGGGAAGCAUUUCUUGGCCGGACGCUUCCUACCCUAUGACAUCCAGAAAAAAUAUGAGCUUAACCUUCCAGACUUCCCUGGCACAGACUGUCUCAUAGAAUUGUAACAUGUGGAACCACAAGAGCCUAGUUUGACCACUCCUGAUUUUGAAAAGAAACAACUGAUCUAUUCUUUUGUUUUGUAUUUUAUAGACUAUCGGUGUGAUUUAAUGUUGACAUCUCAGCUGUGUAGAUCAGGCUAUGCAUUAGCCAGAUGUGCUGUUGAGCUACAGUAAGUGGAUUCAUAUAUAGAAACUGUGGUUUGAGUCAUGUCUAUUUAGGGUAUGGCAUGAGGAGUUUUGUGUCAGUCUACUUGUAAAAGCUGUAGCAUUGCACUGUUUUCUGAUUACUUUGCAAAACAAAUGUCUUUCUCCAGGCUCAGCAGAGGAAGGUGAGAUUUCUAUUGUGCCAAUGUGAGGAAUGUUUUAAUGUUCUGAUACUUUUUCAUUCUUAUGCUUGACUUUCUACUGAGGUGUGCUGCUGAGACACACUGGUGUAGGUUGGUAAUUACAUUUUUCAGAUGUGUUGUUGAUUUGUGUGGUCAGGCUGCACUUUUGCAUAACCUUUGUUUCAGUUACCUCAUUUGCUUUUUGUUGUCCAAUAAAAAACAAAGAACUAAUUUCAAA